UCAUUAAGCACUAAUGCAUUAAGCUUAAUGCAUUAAGCAGUAAUGCCCUUGUUUUGGGCAAUUUACAAUUUUAUUCGUGGAUUGAAAGACUCAAUCCGACAUCACUGGUUUGUUAGACACAAACCAACAAUCACCGGAUCGAAAGACUCGAUCCACAAAGCUCAGCAAAGAAACAAUCAAAACAAUACAAACACUGAGAUAAUUAUUAAGCAAUUUGUGCUUGACAUUUGUAUAAUAGAUAAUCAAGCCAAGAUAACCACUAUCUGCGCCACUGAGUACUCACCUCUGCUCUGCAUUUCAAGCAGCACAAAGAUGUUUCCCAUAGAGCAACUCGCACGAUUUGAAGCAAGCAACUCUGCCUAUCGACUUCUUAAGCCAUGGUGGGACGUGCUCACGGAUUAUCUUAUAGCUGCAAUGCUUGUAGUUGCUGUAUUGGCCGGGUUAAUGCAAGCAUCCAGUGGAAGGUUGGUCUGUCUGCCUGCCGAUUGUCGCCCGGAAAUAAAUCAAAGUGCCCAGAAUGUUGGCUACAGCACUGCUUCCUUGUAUAACCCUAAUUCUACUUCCACAAGUAAAGAGAGAAAGGUGUUGACAAAUCUUCAAGACAGAAAUCAGUAUGAUUUUGUAGAAGCGGAAUGCAACCAGAGAGCUGUCCACUUGUUUACAUCAUACUUCCCUCUUAUUGUUUUCGGGGAGGCAAUAUUAUUGCUAGUUGUCCAUAACUUCUGGCUCAAGUGGCCUGACACGUCAGGAAUGUUUGAGUGUUUUUUAAAUCUGUUGACGGAAUGUUCAAACGUGUCUGGUACAUCUCUAGCUAUAGCAAACUCACUAUGGGGAACUGAAUUAUUAGAUUCGGACAUAAAGCACGUUUCUUUUACAGAAGAAGGAGAUAUAGAUUUUAAACAACUAUUUUCGCGGCAAACUAAAGAAGUAGGUGUCUCAGAGCAGUAUGGUGUCGAGUCCAGCUCGAGUCCAGAUCCAGAUAAGAUCGAAAUGUUUUCAGUUAGUUGUCAAACUCAAGAAGCAGGUGUCUCAGAGCAGUAUGGUGUCGAGUCCAGCUCAAGGCCAGACGCAGAUGAGAUCAAGGGGUUAUCAGAGAGCAUAACAAAAUUUAAAGCAGAUAUCAAUUCAACAAGGGGAAUAACACUGCGUUUAUUAUACGCUAUUCGGGCAUUUUUUCAGUGCCUUUUAACCUUAGCAUUCAUUGUGGUUAACGCCUGUUUUCACGAACAAUUGAAGGAGCAAAUCAAUUGUAACACUGAUCAUAUCAUCCACGAAAAAUACUCUCGCUUCACGUGCUACAAUGUCCUCAGUUCAUACUUCUCCGUUACACUGUGUAUAUAUUACAUUUUACUUGUUUUUUGUGCUGUUAUACUUGUUAUUAACUGCGCUUGGACAUAUAAGAAGCUCAAUCGACCGUUCGACUUUAAGAAGGAGCUGAUGACGCAUAUCCAAUCACCAAUCCAAAAAAAAAACCCAGAAGAACCAGUAAAACCAGAAGAACCAGAAGAACUAGAAGAACAAGAAGAACAAGGGGAUUCUAACUCGGUAUUCGUCCCAAUGGUAGACCCAACCGAACAAGAUUGUAGACAAGAACAAGAAGAACAAGGGGAUUCUAACUCGGUCCCUCUAGCUCCUGGCGGACAGUUCAACCAGGAUCUAAACAUAAUACGCCUUGCUGAAUUACAUCCAGCAACUGGAGAAUUCGCCUUCAUUCUUCAUCUACUGAACGCAAGUUCAAGUAAUAAGCGGCAUUUACUGAGAAUUGCAAUCUUUGGCUCGAGUAAAAACGAGAAAAUUAUUAAAGACUUGAUGCUUUGCAUAAAAUGGCCCAAGGAAAAGCUCGAUAGUAAAACAACUCAAAGUGGUCGAGAAUUGGAGCUUACUUUUUCAAAUGGAGUGCCAAUGUCCCUCUUUGAAAUGAAGCAGUUAGAAUCAUUGACCUUAUGUGGUCUGACAAUGCGUGACUUUGAUUGUACAAACAAGUGGGCCAAGCUUAAAAGUCUUAAAUCACUUUCACUGACAAAAGGCAACUUGACAUCUAUCCCUGAGGAAGUGUUUCGUCUGGUGUCCCUGGAGAAGUUAGACUUGAACAAUAACAGGCUUACCUCAAUACCUGAAAGUAUUGCACAGUUGAAUAAAUUAACCAAUUUGAACUUGGCACACAACAACAUCAGUGAAGUCCCUGAAUACGUCUGGCAGAUAGGGUGUCUUAGAGAGCUGUUUCUAUCUCACAAUAGCAAUCUUACCCUGAAUAAACCUGAACAUCAACACAAGUUAACGGUAUUGCAUAUCGACGAAGACAUGCGCUCCCGGAUGGAAGAACCCACCGAAGUAUAUUUCCGUCCUGUUCUACACAAUGGAGACAUUUUAAAACCGUUCUUUACGUUUUCUCUGGCGUUUGACCCUGCUGCUGACGAACAAACAUACAAUAUGAAAUCAAAACGGAAGGGUUUAGCCAUGAUUUUCAAUUUUGAAUCAAAAGUAUAUCAGAACGAAGAUGACCUUGAUUAUUUAUUUCGGACUAUUGGUUACGAAAUACGUUCAAGUGAAAUAAAUACGAUUCAAACGAAUGAAAGUAAAUUGUCUAAUUUAAAAGAACAGUUGAAAGGCAUCCGUAGUCCUUAUAAUUCAGUCAUUUUGGCUGUAUUGUCAUGUAGUGAUGGACAAGACGUAUUUCUGUCAAGAGAGGAGAAAGUCAGCGUUGAGGCUCUGGUCGGACUUAUGUGUGGGAUACCACACUUGAAUGGAAAGCCAAAAGUACUUUUACUUAUUCAUAAUCGUACCAGCUGCAAUGGCUAUGACGAUGAAAUAUUCAAAGUUAUACCUUGUUUAAAGGAGCCAAAAGAUGAAGAUGUCCUAAUUGUCUACUCCGAUCUGUAUUGUGAUCACAAUGUUUCAUUCAUUAAGGAAUUCGUGAAAGUGUCGAGCGAUUACUGCUGCCGUGAAGAUCUGCUGACUCUUCUUGAUAGGACAAAACAUCAGCUUAUUCCGAAGAUCGAUUUUUCCAAUUACAUGCGAAGCGUAGUAACGAAAAAUACUUUCACCAAAAAGUUAUUUUUCUUUCCUGGUGUUUUCUAGGAUGAGUAUGACAGUAAUGGAAGUACCAACACUUAGAAUUGGGGAAGCGAAUUGUAUCUUCGCUUCACUUCAUUCUGUGAAAAGCAUGUUCUGUUUUGAUCGGCUCGUCUCUGCGCCAUUGACGUCAAAGCGCGCACGCCAACAUGUUUUUUUCAUCACUAAAAUCGAAAAGAACGAGUUGUCCUUCGAAAUUUACAUUAAUCCCUAGAAAUGGCAAAGCACUUAGCUAAGAUUAUUAUACGUCCCUUAUGUUUAUAUAUUUAAAUACUACCUAGAAUUGUUAUAGCCUUUAGUUUAUACGUGUAUGUAUGUUUAUAUAUUGCAAUACUCCCGAGAACUCGCAUAGCUCUCAGUUUAGAGAAGAAUACGUCUUGUAUCUUUAUAUAAUGGCAGUUCCAGGACAGCUAGUUGCUUAUGGGUAAUUUUUUUUAGAAGCAUGAAGGUUAUAUAAAUGAACUCUCCAGCGAUGCAAUCCAUAUUCCCCUGUAUUUGGAUGGAAUAUAAUGAGACCCAUGGUACCUUUCGGUCGUAGAACUUGAGUUAGACAAUCGACAUUUUCCGCUUGCAUGAACAACUUUUGUAUGUUUAUAUAUUGGAAUAUUCCAAAGAAUUGGCAUAUCACUCAGUUUGGAGUAGUAUAACGUCUGUAUGUUUAUAUAUUGGAAUAUUCCCAAGAAUUGGUAUAGCUCUCAGUUUAGAGUAGUAUAACUUCUGUAUGUUUAUAUAUUGGAAUAUUCCAAAGAAUUGGUAUAUCACUCAGAGUAGUAUAACUUCUGUAUGUUUAUAUAUUGGAAUAUUCCCAAGAAUUGGUAUAGCUCUCAGUUUAGAGUAGUAUAACUUCUGUAUGUUUAUAUAUUGGAAUAUUCCCAAGAAUGGCAUAUCACUCAGAGUAGUAUAACUUCUGUAUGUUUAUAUAUUGGAAUAUUCCCAAGAAUUGGUAUAGCUCUCAGUUUAGAGUAGUAUAACUUCUGUAUGUUUAUAUAUUGGAAUAUUCCCAAGAAUUGGUAUAGCUCUCAGUUUAUAGUAGUAUAACGUCUUUUGACAAAGGUGUAUGUCUUGUAAGUGGUAUGCGCAAAAUGCAAUUAAUAAUAUUCAUAGCAUAAUCGUCAAGUACGCGGUAAACCUGCAGAAGCUAGCAGAGGAACUUGUUCAUUCUGGAUAAAAUUGAUUAUAGUUUAAUGUUAGCGGGCCAAAAGUUGAUGGAAGAAUUGAUUGACAACUUGGCUUGUUUUUAGUUGUGUCCCCUCUUGAAAGGAAGACGGAGCUUGAAGUUUACCUCAUACUCUUUAGCCAAAAAAGUUUACUAAUAUCAUAGAGUUACCUAGGGUUUGUUUAUUGACCUCUAUAGUCUAGUGUCAACUAGUGUCUACAGGGAUUUUCAAUUUGGGAUUAUAAGUGUAAAAAAUACUCUCCUCUAUGUCACUCGUAGCUUAGCAACAUAUUUUACGCGACGUUCACUAUAACGUUUUUGUAUUAUUACCAUAACGACUUUAGAAGGAACGACAUGAAUUGCACAUAAGGUCUUGAUGUCUUAUAUGAAAAGUGGACCACCAAAUCAAUUCAUUUGAAUUAUCAAAAAAAAAAAAAAUCGAGUGUUGGAAUCGAUUCGGUUGUCCGCUCGUCAUAUAAGACAAGUGGGACUGAACUCAUAUACGCAAAAUAGAGUGGUUUGCAACAACAGUUUUUUAAAUUUUCUACCAAACACCUAAAACUGCGAUUUCAUUUGCUCGUGCGUCGCGCCUCGCCGAUAAUUAUAAUCUAAUUUUUAUUUGAGAAUUUGCAAACUAUAUCAUUUAAACUCUGUCCAGGGCGUGUUGUACCUAAAAAGGGUACUGUGCGUCUUUGUUAUAUCGCAUCUUGUACGAAACUCUUCGCUAACGUUGUAAGUGGAAUAAAGUUGCCGGUACCCACU